AAUUCGCUUACUCAUUUCAACUGUUCAAUUCAAAAGUAUGAUAUUCAAGCUCUCGGCGUCGCUGAGCGGACACUCGUCAGACGUACGUGCUCUCGCCGCCCAAGGCAACGACGCGCUCAUUUCUGCCUCCCGCGACAAGACCGGCCGCCUCUGGAAACGCACCACUACCCACGACUUUGCUGAGGACAGCGUGUUCAUCGGCCAUACUGGCUACGUCAACUCGGUCGCCGUUCUCUCCGCCACUGCUGAGUGCCCCAGCGGCCUCAUCGCUACUGGUGACCUGGCUCAGCCGGUGUCCAAGCUCACUGGCCACACCGACAACGUCUGUGCCCUGGCAGCCUCCAAAGACGGCAAGACAUUGGUUUCUGGGUCAUGGGACAAGACGGCAAAGGUGUGGGAGAACGGCGUGCUGAAGCAUACAUUGCAGGGACAUGCACAUGCCGUGUGGAGCGUACUGGUACUCGAUGAUGGGUCGGUUCUGACUGGUUCGGCGGAUAAGACAAUUAGGCGCUGGGUCGACGGUGUAUCGAAGCAUGUCUAUACGGGUCACACCGACUGUGUCCGCGCUCUGGCAGUGCUGCCUGGGGUCGGGUUUGUAUCGUCUGGCAACGACAGCGCAAUUAGGACAUGGAGCCUUGACGGCGCAUGUCUAAGCGAGCUCUAUGACCACACAUCGUUUGUCUACUCGAUUGAUGUGCUCCCUGACGGAGCCAUCGUUUCUGGCGGAGAAGACCGGUGUGUCAAGGUAUGGCGCAACGGUGGGGUUGAACAGACAAUUCUUGUGCCGUCGACAUCUGGUGCUUCGGAAGAAGCGACCAAAGAGUUCGAAGCUGCAAAUGCAUCCUUGCCCGGCAAGGAGCGCCUGGGCCAGCCUGGCACCAAGGACCAGCAGGUGAUCAUGUCGUCACAGAAAUGGUCCAAGGUCGGCGAGGUUGUCGAUGCUGUUGGACAGAGUCAGAAGCAGGUAUUUGACGGCAAAGAGUAUGACUACGUGUUCGACGUAGAUAUCCAGGAAGGCGCGCCACCGCUGAAGCUUCCCUACAAUGUUACCGAGAACGUGUACUCGGCAGCACAAAAGUUCCUGGAGCGGAAUCAGCUCAACAUGGAAUCGGUACCGACCAAAACCAAGGUGGCUGAUCCGUUUACUGGUGGCAGCCGGUAUGUGCCGGGUGGAGGAUCAGCGGCUGCCUCACAGUCGGGAGAUCCGUUCACUGGUGGCAACCGGUAUAUUCCUGGCGGGUCCGGACAGGCAGCCGGUGGGCAUUCGGGAGAUCCGUUCACGGGCGGCAACCGGUAUGUCCCAGGCGGAUCAUCCGCAGCUGCGCUCUCUAGCUAUGCUCCGCCGCGCGACUACAUCAUCAACAGGACAAGCGCUGCGUUGACCGAGCCGCAGAUCGAGGCAGUCCGCACUAUUGAGGCUGCAGUGGUAUCGGGCCAGGCUGUGUCGCCUGAGGCAGUUGACGUUGUGCUGAGAGCGGUACUGAUGUGGCCAAAGAACAAGCGGUUCCCAGGGCUGGACUUGCUGCGUCUUGGGUUUGUGGAGAUUGUUGGUGACGCUACUGGGAUUUUUUCCCUCUUAUCCAGCUCGCAGGCAGCGCUCAGCAAGGAGGACGAAAUCAACCUGAUGAUGGGCGCCCGUGCCAUCGGCAAUUCGUUUGCACAUGCAGAGGGCAUCGAUCUAAACCUGGUCACUGCACUGUCGAACGUGUACAUGAACAUGGCUAUUGCUGCCACACAAAAGGGCGACGAUGACGAUGGACUCACGAUUCUGUCGCCAGCGAGUCUGUUCCUGACAUCUACCAACAACGCGGACGCGCAGCUUCGUUUGAUCAACGUGUUUGGCAUUCUGGCCGCCAAGUUCCCCAUGUGCAAAGACAGCGCCAGAAUCCUGGGCGACGAGAUGAUUGUCAUCUUGGGCAUCAAGGGCCAGACAGAUGCAGUAAGGAAGGCUGCCAGGGAUGUCGGUGCGUUCCUCAGUGCAUAAUGAUUUUUGUUUAUUGACAUUAAACCGCGCCUAUGCGUCUGGAAUCUCACACAAGAGCUUUUGGUAGUUGCGGGUGGUGGAUGUCGUCGGGUGCACAGAAAAUGAGGUGCUCGCAUAACCCGCGCCGCAUGAAUACCUCGCAGUAGCACACAUUGAGACGGGUAUCGGUGAUGGUCCUGCUCUGGAGGUUGUCAUGUCCGGUGCACAUAGAACAGCUUGCUAUCGAUCUUCCUCGGAGACAUGUACGGGUGCCCAGUGUCAUUGAUAUGGCCAUUCUCGAUUGUGUCAAGACUGAACGGCUCACCAGUACCCUCCAUGCCAGAAUCCUCCAUCCGCCACCUUGACUUGGGGCUCUAUAACGUCGACCAAGUGGU